UGUAAUAAAAAAAAAAAUAACAACCAAAAACAACAACAACACGACAAUCACCCAUAAUCACUACCAAAAGCCAGUGAGUUUUUUUUACAACUCAAUAAAAGUUCGUCGUUUGUGUUUGUGAGGCUAAACAUGGCCCCCGGUUCUUGCGAUUGUUUGGUGGGGGUGCCAACCGGACCCACCUUGGCAGCAACAUGUGGCGGCAAUGCAUUUAUGUUAUUCAUGGGUUUGUUGGAAGUAUUUGUGCGGUCCCAAUGUGAUCUUGAGGAUCCUUGUGGCCGAGCUAGUUCAAGGUUUCGUUCCGAACCCGAUUAUGAAUAUGAUUUUGUUGUGAUUGGUGGCGGCUCAGCCGGUUCUGUGGUUGCCUCACGCUUAUCCGAAGUCCCCCAAUGGAAGGUGCUGUUAAUUGAAGCCGGUGGUGAUGAACCCGUGGGAGCUCAAAUUCCGUCCAUGUUUUUGAAUUUCAUUAGCAGUGACAUUGAUUGGGGUUACAACACAGAACCAGAAAGUUCUGCCUGUCUCUCGUCCGAGGGACAACGCUGUUACUGGCCCAGAGGCAAAGUUCUAGGUGGAACCUCCGUCAUCAAUGGUAUGAUGUAUAUACGAGGCAAUCGUGAGGACUAUGAUGAUUGGGCCGCGUUGGGAAAUCCCGGCUGGAGGUAUGAGGACGUUUUGCCAUUUUUCAAAAAAUCUGAAAAUAAUCUGGAAAUUGAUGAGGUUGGAGCUGAUCUACAUGCUACUGGAGGUCCAAUGCCGGUAUCGAAAUUCCCCUACAAUCCACCAUUGUCCUAUGCCAUUCUGAAAGCUGGCGAAGAAUUAGGAUUUUCUGUACAUGAUUUGAAUGGCCUCAACUCUACUGGCUUUAUGAUUGCCCAGAUGACUUCCCGCAAUGGUAUUCGCUAUAGUUCAGCCAGAUCUUUUAUUCGUCCUGCUCGCAUGCGCAGUAAUUUGCAUAUUUUAUUAAAUACCACUGCCACAAAAGUUCUGAUACAUCCUGGCACCAAAACUGUUUUGGGAGUUGAGGUCAGCGAUCAGUUUGGCAGCAUGCGCAAAAUCUUGGUUAAGAAAGAGGUCAUUGUCAGCGGAGGAGCUGUCAAUUCUCCACAAAUUUUACUUUUGAGUGGCGUUGGACCUAAGGAGGAUUUAGAAAAGGUUAAUGUACGUCCCAUCCAUGAUCUGCCCGGUGUUGGUAAAAACCUACACAAUCAUGUGGCCUAUUUUACAAAUUUCUUUAUUGAUGAUGCCGAUACGGCGCCCCUUAAUUGGGCCACAGCUAUGGAAUACCUACUGUUCCGCGAUGGUCUUAUGUCUGGUACUGGUAUCUCUGAUGUCACUGCCAAAUUGGCUACGCGCUAUGCUGAUAAACCUGGAGUACCUGAUUUGCAAUUCUAUUUUGGAGGUUAUUUGGCCAGUUGUGCACGAACCGGUCAAGUUGGUGAAUUAUUAUCGAACAACUCAAGAAGUAUUCAAAUUUUCCCAGCAGUUUUAAAUCCCAAAUCAAGGGGUUACAUUACACUGGCUUCCAACGAUCCUUUGGCACCUCCUCGUAUAUUUGCUAAUUAUUUGACAGACGAGCGGGAUGUUAAAGUUUUGGUGGAUGGUAUAAAAUUCGCCAUACAACUGUCUCAAACUUCCCCUCUAAAACAAUAUGGCAUGAGAUUGGAUCGUACUGUAGUCAAGGGAUGCGAAUCCAUGACAUUUGGCUCGGAUGCCUACUGGGAAUGUGCGGUGCGUCAAAAUACUGGACCCGAAAAUCAUCAAGCAGGCUCUUGUAAAAUGGGUCCAGCUCACGAUCCAAUGGCGGUGGUCGAUCAUGAGCUGAGGGUCCAUGGCAUACGCGGGCUUAGAGUUAUGGACACCAGCAUAAUGCCUAAGGUGACAGCAGGCAACACACAUGCCCCCGCUGUAAUGAUUGCCGAAAAGGGUGUUUACAUGAUCAAGCGUGCCUGGGGUGCCAAAGUCUGACGAUUGGAUGCAACGUGGACGCUGCAUAGAGUAGUUUAAAAAAAAUAUAAAAUGAGAAAAAACAUUUUAAAAAAUAUUACAAAAUUAUUAUUUAAACAUAUGUUAAACAUACUAUGUACAUUUAGGCUUGCAAUUUGCAAAAACUUAUUGAGAACAAAAACUGUUUGUGAAUUUUUCGAGUAUCCUGAACUAAAUUUCAUUAAUUUCGUCACUAAUUUUAACUCUUUGCCCUGUAGUCCACUGUUGCGCCUCUCUUUGUUUUAUGAUGAAUGUAGAUUAAUUAAUACCUUUACCUAAA